AAAGGACCAACUGCUUCGUCUCUCACUCUCGCUCGCGCUUAGACUUUGUUAUAAUUGUGUUUGUUCGAGAGUGAUAUGGAUGCGUUGUCUCUGAAAGUGCGACCAUGGAUGAGAUUUAAUCCGCCGAAAGACCAGGUCAUCGACUUCUUCUUGAGGGCAAAGAUCACUGGGAAUGAUGAAUUAGUCGACUUCAUUCCCGAAGCUCAGUGUUGCAAAUGGGAGCCCUGGGAUUUGAAAGAUUUAUGCUCAGCCUGGUUAGAUUCAUGUGGCAUAAACACCGCAUGUUCCGAGCGGUGGUUCUUCUCGCCACUGGAUCUGAAGCAUCGAAGUGGGAAUCGAUCGAACCGGGCAACUAAUGCUGGGUUUUGGAAAGUGACUGGAAAGGACAAGAUAAUCAUGUCUGACUUGGGAAUGAUUGGAAAAAAAAAGUAUCUGGUAUUCUAUAGAGGGCGAGGUAAAGGCGAGAAAACAAAUUGGAAGAUUCAUGAAUACCAUACAACCCUGAAGGACCUUGAUGGCACCCAUCCCGGUCAGAACGCCUUUGUACUCUGCCGAUUAUCCUAUGAACAUGAAAAGAGUAUUAAAGAUCCAAACAUCAAUGAUGCUGGACCUGCUGUUUCAUCACCCGCCGUAUCCAAAUUGUUUCAUGAAGAAUCAGAGUCUGAGCUACUUCUGGCCUCAGAAUUCACUGCAUCAGAUGUGGAAGCUACUACAACACCUGAAAAUUGUGAUGAAACAAUAUCCGGCACUACAACGGCUGUCAAGUGCAAUGACAAACAUAUUAGUGCUCACGCUGCAGGGAAUCAAUUGGGAGAACUUACCACUAUCAAUGAUGAUAAGGAAAUAGAAAAAAUGAUCAUUGAGCUGCAGCAAAUAGUAGGUGGUGAUGUUUUGACGCCUUCAACUUCACUACACAAUAACCCUACUGUUUCAUCAGCCAUCACAACUAAAUCUUCUGUAGAAGAAUUAGAGUCUACGCUAGGUUUGGAUGUGGUAUCUCCUCAAGAAUGUUUUGGCGGAAAGACAUUGAACACUAUACUGCUCAGUAGUUGUAACCAAAAUAGUUAUAAUGCUUGUGCUGCAAGAAAUGAAGUGCCUAAAGCAACAGUCAGUGAGGUUGAUUCUUGGUUUGAGGAUGGCUUGAGCCUGUUUGAGCUUCCUUCCGAGCCACCAGAUGGCGUGUAUGACCUUGAUUAUCUCAAUGGGAACGUUCCAAAUAUGUUUGGCAGUCAAAAGAAUCUCACUUUGGAGUCUAUUAAGAACAAUGGAUCAUGCGGUAGCCUAGAUGAAAAAUUGGCCAAUGCACCGUUUGAGUCAACAUUUCAAGAUUCUGGAGAGAUGAGCAAAAGAAAGGCUUCAUCAGGGUUGCAAAAUCUGGGAUCCCACAACAUGAUAUGGAUGGGGGGGUCUUCAAAUCAGAUUGAAGGAUCUGAUUGUAUUUCGAAGAAUUAAUGACAUUCUUCGGAAGAUGAGUCUUAACUACUGGCUCAAUCCUAAAACCCCAUAAUCUUCAUACUUAAUCAAGACAAUUAUUUCCCAACUAGUAUCCCAAACAUCAACAUAUUUUCCUCAGCUUCUAAUACACUUCUAUUUCCAACUCCAGCAUCUAAACACUAUAUCACACUUUUUAUGAGGCCACUCCCAAUUCAAGCUUUUACCAUUGAACCAUAAUUCCAUGUAAAACCUCCUUGGAAGUUGUUCAAAAAGGUUUUCUCCUGGACAUGCAUUUCCCUCCAACUGAUUUUUAGGUACCUCGCUUCUUUCUUUUUGAAUCCCAUCCAAUGCAUAAUACUUGAAACAGAGAAGAUUCUAGACUCUUUUCAAUUACCCGAACUUUUCCCAGCCGUCCAACCAAAAUAGUCCACGACCCAAGCGACCUCCAAAAACCUAAUGUGUCUUAACAAUUUGAAUUUGUCCAUAUCUGUACCAUCGAACCUUAACCUAAUGAUGCCCUAACAUGGGUACAUCCAUGAAACCUCGUAAGUUUCAUGUAUGAUAUCAUCUUAACGAUUAUCAGAACCACUGAUAAUCAUAUGGAUGACGCCAUAUGAAAUGAUUCCUAAACCUGCUUAAAAUAAGAUUCUUAUAGUCAUAGGGAUAUUACCAAAUCAAAUGAUUAUCCGAAACCUGGUUAGAAAAAAAAAUCAGGUGUAUAUAAUCAUAUGAAUGAUGCUAUACCAAAUGAUUAUUUGGACUUGAAAAACAGGCUCUAAUCAUCAUAUGGAACCUGAUUAGGCAGGGUUCUUCUUCUACGCACUACAUUUGCACAAAUUCAGUAUAGUGUGAUCUGUGUAUUCGAUCUGGGAUUUUCCUGGUUUUACCUCCUUUCAAGAACUGGUCAAGACUUCAUGGAGUAAUUCCGCCACUACAUUUACAGCGGGCGAAAAUGCAUCACCACGUAAGUGAUCAUGGAAGAUUGACUAAGACGUGUACUUUUGUUUAAGGUACUUUAUGUUGCAUGUAAAUAACGUUGGGUUGUACUUAAGCUAUAGACAAUAUGUAAAAACUAAGGUAUUGUUCGGUUUGAAGACAGUCCUCUUGGUCAUUACGCAUGACGACACAAAGUUUAUUUUAUCUUGUACCUUCGAGUGAGGCAAAUCUCUUAAUGCCUGCGUGCCAUUGAAACUGAUGCA